GAGAAGGCGUUCCGUUCCGGAGCUGAAUGUCUGUCCCUUUCGGGUUGCCGUCCUGUGGGUCCGCCAUAUUGUCUGCUGGAGCUGCCGCUGAGGCUGCCGCCGCCAAGUCCGAGCGAGCGGAGCCGCGAUGGAGACCAUGGCGAGUCCAGGGAAGGAUAAUUAUCGAAUGAAGAGCUAUAAGAACAAUGCCCUAAACCCUGAAGAAAUGAGGCGAAGAAGAGAAGAAGAGGGCAUUCAGCUCCGGAAGCAAAAGCGAGAGCAGCAACUUUUCAAACGGAGAAAUGUGGAGCUAAUCAAUGAAGAAGCUGCCAUGUUUGAUAGUCUCCUUAUGGACUCCUAUGUGAGCUCUACCACUGGGGAGAGUGUAAUCACAAGAGAAAUGGUGGAAAUGCUCUUUUCUGUUGACUCCGACCUGCAGUUAGCCACCACACAGAAAUUCCGGAAACUGCUCUCCAAAGAGCCUAGUCCUCCAAUAGAUGAAGUCAUCAAUACACCAGGAGUAGUGGAUCGGUUUGUGGAGUUUCUGAAGAGAAAUGAGAACUGUACGUUACAGUUUGAAGCUGCCUGGGCUCUAACCAACAUUGCCUCUGGAACAUCUCAGCAAACCAAAAUUGUCAUUGAGGCUGGGGCCGUCCCCAUUUUCAUAGAGCUACUUAACUCAGACUUUGAAGAUGUACAGGAACAGGCAGUCUGGGCACUGGGAAACAUAGCUGGGGACAGCUCUGUGUGCCGAGAUUACGUCUUGAACUGUUCCAUCCUGAAUCCUUUAUUAACGCUCCUAACCAAGUCUACACGACUGACAAUGACACGGAAUGCAGUCUGGGCUCUGUCAAACCUCUGCCGAGGGAAAAAUCCACCUCCAGAUUUUGCAAAGGUCUCUCCUUGUUUGCCUGUGCUGUCUCGCCUACUCUUCAGCAGUGACUCAGACUUGCUGGCGGAUGCCUGCUGGGCCCUCUCUUACCUGUCUGAUGGCCCCAAUGAGAAGAUCCAGGCCGUCAUAGACUCUGGAGUUUGCCGGAGAUUGGUAGAGCUUCUGAUGCACAAUGAUCACAAAGUGGCUUCACCUGCCCUCAGAGCUGUGGGUAACAUUGUCACUGGGGAUGAUAUCCAGACCCAGGUCAUUCUCAACUGUUCAGCCCUCCCUUGCCUCCUCCACUUGCUGAGCAGUCCAAAGGAAUCGAUCCGGAAGGAAGCUUGCUGGACCAUUUCAAAUAUCACUGCUGGCAACAGAGCUCAGAUACAGGCUGUCAUAGAUGCAAAUAUCUUCCCUGUGUUGAUUGAAAUCCUUCAGAAGGCCGAGUUCCGAACAAGGAAAGAGGCAGCCUGGGCCAUCACCAAUGCCACAUCAGGAGGAACCCCUGAACAGAUAAGGUACCUGGUCUCCUUGGGCUGCAUCAAACCCCUGUGUGACUUGCUGACUGUGAUGGAUUCAAAGAUUGUACAAGUGGCCCUCAAUGGACUGGAGAAUAUCUUGCGGCUUGGAGAACAGGAGGGCAAGCGCAGUGGCUCGGGAGUCAAUCCCUAUUGUGGUCUCAUUGAGGAAGCCUAUGGCUUGGAUAAAAUUGAGUUUCUCCAGAGCCACGAGAACCAGGAGAUCUACCAGAAGGCCUUUGACCUCAUCGAGCACUACUUUGGUGUAGAAGAUGAUGACAGCAGCCUGGCUCCCCAAGUGGAUGAAACGCAACAGCAGUUCAUCUUCCAGCAGCCCGAGGCCCCCAUGGAGGGCUUCCAGCUAUAAUGUCUGCCUCCGGGGAGGGCUGGGACUGGGGAGCGCCACCAAGCAGCAGCAGAGCCGCCCUCUGCGGGGGCAGGCAGCCAGGCCCCCACGUCAGCCACCGCACCUCUGCUGUCCUGGAGACUGUGCUCUUGACCUGCGCCCCCCUUCCCUGGAGGGAACACCCUCUGGACACAGAACCAUCUGAGGCUCACAUUUGGGUUUUGUGACAAGGGGACAUGUUGGGUUUUCUUCCUUACACUAUGUUUUGGCUGCACACAUGUCUUUAACCCAGGAGCCCAGGGGUAGACGAAGGAGGACUGAGGUAAUCAAUUUGCACCUUUUUUUUAUUAUUAUUAUUUUUCUUUUUUUCUUUAAUGGUGACUUCCUUCCCUUUUAUCUUUCUUCAUCCUUCCCAGUCAUCUGCCCUGAUUGUGUAACUCAUCUUGGGUACUUCAGCAGAUGGAAUAUUCCAGAGGUGGGAGGGCAGGGGUGGGGAGAAAUCCAAACAAAAUGUUCUUGCUCAGACAGAAUAUUAAUCUUGUAUGCUUGGAUUGAGUUAUUUAAUGUUUUUUUCUUUUGCACAUUUUGUCUUGUAUUAAGAUUGCUCUUCCUAAGAGCCAUGAGUCCCUCAUGUUAGGAAUCCCAGCUGCCAGCAUUGUUGGGGACAGAGGCUGACAGCGAGGCCUCCCUGAGCUAAAAGGCCUCUCUCCCUCUGACUCUCCACCCAAACCUCUUUAGUUUGGGACAUUCCCCCUCAAUCUCCUGGGGUCUCUGUCCCCUUGGAGGGGAGAGAAGGAGCACAGGCCUUUAUCCGUCAGGGCUUCCCCAUGUGUAGCUACUGAUCCUGUUUCCUAUCCACCUUCCGAAUGGUGCGACCCAGCUUCAUAUGUUUACUUGAAAAUCCCCCUCAGAGUUGAACGAAUCUCUGAGGUGGCUGUGUAUUCUCCUGAGCUUGAGACCAGGGACUGCAGGCCUGCCUUCGGAGGAGGUCCUUGCUCAUGUGUUGGGAUGGUCAGGUAUCCCUGCCUUUGGCCUUUCUUCUUCCUCUUCCACAGUUGGAUCAUGUAUAUUUUACUUCCAAAGGAGAGAAUGUCAAAAGGUUCUGUAUUUUUUAUAUUCUGUAUAUUAGGUAGGCUGAUCUUAAUUGGUCUCAAGAGGAAGAACUAAUUUCUGUAAGUAGGACACAGUGAGGAGGACCAAUGAGAUGUGGACGCUCACGAGGUCUGGCUUCUGAGCCACCCCCUGGGGCCAGCCUUCAGCUCUGGAACCUUUGUAAAGCAAGUCAGUCAGCCUGGUUUGCUUGCCCUGUAGGAAGCAAGAUCGCCGCAGGGUGGGGUGAAGUCUACCACUCUGGUCCCCAUCCUUCCAGAGAGCAAAUGCAGUCUCAGAGGCCAUUGUCCACAUAUCAGGCAUGGCUGCCUCUCCUGUUAUCAUAAAAUAUCAGCAAGCAGAGUAACUAUUGUGAGAGCCUUUGGUAUCUUUGCUUUGUGAAAUCCUUGCACCUGGUCUGGGUUUUUCCAUCCUCGUAAUAAUUAGAAUCCAAAUGCCUACGAAUAAGUUGGUGGAAUGAUACUGCAGCCCGGGUGGAAGGGUGUAGAGGGGAGCUAAGUGUAGCGCUGUGGUCGGCUAAAGGCACAGUGUGCCCAUCCUCCCUGUGUGAGACGUGUCCUGCUGUGGGCUGCACUUUUCCCUUCCCGAGAAACAGUGGUAUGUUUGCUCCUAUUGCUGUGCAUUCCCCCUAUCUCAGGUGAAUCCCAUUCCCUUAUGCUUAGAGAUCUAAAGUUUCAAGGACUUUAUUAUCAGAAUUGGUCUUGAAUUUUCCCUCUUCUCCUAGUGUUGAGGUCCCAUUCCAAGCCAUUUUCUGGGUAAAAUUCAAGGCAGGCAUUUGCCACUGGAAAAACCCCACCCAAUUGUGCUGCUUUGGAGAGUGAGGUGCCGUUCAUUUGUGGGGCACUGCCAACCUCUAAUCUCCCAGCAAGACAAGGGUCAGCAGUGUUUUCACUUGAUGUCAUUCCACUAUAAGAUUAUUCUGCAGUUCAGUGGCAAGCACCCCUGCCCCCCAUAGUCUUGCCCAAAAGGAAGAGCUGUCUAGAAGGAUCAUUUUAUACAUAUUAGGCAACAGAUAAGUUCCUGAAACUUAUUUAGUUCUUAGUGUUAAACAUACACAUCCUGCUUUACCAGCUGUUCCGCCAAGGUCUGCUUUGAUCUGUACCAGAUGGAUGACUGUCAGUCACCUGGCUGCUGCUUAACACAAGUUUUCUUUGAGGGCUUCAAAGGCUGCCUGGCAUCUAUGGCACAGUAAGAGUGACAGAUCACUCAUGAGAGAACAAACAGUGGCCUCUGAGAGCUUCUGUUAGGGUCUUCCCCAGAGCUUGUUCCUUUAGUAUCUUCCUCAACCCUGCUUUCAGUCCACAGGUGAAGUUCUUCCAGCUCACUUAAGUCCAUCUUUUGUAUCUCCUCCUCUCCUUUGGCCAUCUUAGAAAGAGGCAGUCUUCAUGAGCAGCUCUCUUCUGGACACCAGGCCCAGAAUCACAAGCUUUGUGGUGGAUAUUGCGAUACUAUGCCUGCAGAGGGGCUUGCCGGCUUACUGCAGGGGAUAGCCCAAAUCGAGGCAUGUUUUGGAAUCCUCAUUAAGGGCUCUAAAGGGAUAGUGGUGUCUAGACAUGGAAUGAGAGGACCCCAGGACUUGCUGUUCUGCACAGUGCCAGCUGUUCUUUAUUUCCAGCCCCUACUGUAGGCAUCCCAUCCUCGGCCGUCUUUUCUGGUACCAACAGGGUUUCUGGUCUCAGAAAUCUGCCUUCGUCUCCCAACUGUUUCUUGACCUUGAUACUACAUGCAAUCUAUAGUAAAACCACAUAGAUUUCACCUCAGGUGGCCAGCUUGAUUUCUUGGGUCAGUGGGCACAAAUGACCUUCCAGGGAGUGUUUGUUGAUGACCUCAGCUUUCUGGGAUCUUUGGUGUUUUCCCACUUACCUAGAAUCCUUAGAUCUACCACACAGACCCUCUCUGUCCCAGAACCUCCUUUCAGGAUCCCUGAUUUUUGUGGUUAAACUACACAUUGUAAUUGCUAUUGUAUCUAUUUAAGGGAAAGAAAAAUAAAACACUUUAUAUUCUUCUCAA